AUGUCACUGUGGGACUUUUUCAGCGACGUGCAGGCGACGGUUCGUCAGGCAAUUGCCCCACGCGGGGAGAGCGCCGCUGGGGAGCCGCGGCCCCACGACCCGCGGGAGCAGCCACUUCUCUCCGGCGUCACGGGCAUUGGCGAUCGGCUGAGCGGCUGGUGGGGCACAGUCAACAAGACGGCGACAACACUCCUGCAGAAUGCGUUGGGGGCAUCCGGCAGUGAGGCAGACGAUGAACCUCCCCCGCUUCUACUGCGGCUCACUCCCCAGCAGCGCGCGGCGUUACCCCUUGACGAGCUCAUCCGCGGCGUCAGUGAGGCGGUAAGUCUUAUCGCCAUCCGGUCCGACGGGGCACACAAGGAGGCCCGCUUCCUUUUGAGCCUCAGUUUGGAGGAGCAGGUCGCGCACACCAGCGACUUCCUCAGCUGUUACCAUUGGUGGGAGCGACUGGUUAACAGGCGUCUCGCCAUGUGCCAAGAGAUUCUUCAGGACUGCCGAUGUCCUCCUGACUGUGACGACGCCCACACAAUACGUUUGCUGUCCCAACGAAUUCACGCUAUACGAGACAAAUGCGCACGCGACAUGGCAGCAAUUGCCUCCAGGGGAUGCCUCUUGCGUGACGAGAGGUACGAUGUUCUUGACAAACCCCUGACUACUGAGAAAUUAAAUCCGCAUGAAGGAGACCAAGACCAAAAAACCACGUCUAUCUUCCCCACAGACAGCAUAGCUAGGCGACAACAAAGCAGAGACCUCGGCGGUAAUGAUGUGUUGCAAAACGCAACUUCUGAUAAACAGCAAGAGGCGGAAAACAAACAAAAGGAGGGAGUGAGCAACACGCUGGAUGGCCCUCACACAGAAGAGGCACGUCGCAAAGCUGAGGCAGAAGAGGCACUUCGCCUGGCUGAGGAGGCAGAAGAGGCACGUCGCCUGGCUGAGGAGGCAGAGGAGGCACGUCGCCUGGCUGAGGAGGCAGAGGAGGCACGUCGCCUGGCUGAGGAGGCAGAGGAGGCACGUCGCCUGGCUGAGGAGGCAGAGGAGGCACGUCGCCUGGCUGAGGAGGCAGAGGAGGCACGUCGCCUGGCUGAGGAGGCAGAGGAGGCACGUCGCCUGGCUGAGGAGGCAGAGAGGCACGUCGCUGGCUGA